UUCGUAUCAACAAACAUGGCGGCUCAUUCACAAUCCACAUCAUCGACAGGGAACUACACUGUGAAUUUUGACAAUUAUGAUCAGCAUGUUGCCGAACAAAGUUCGUCAUACGAAUUUCAAAGCACAUCAGGAUACAAUCCUACGGCUACGGUUGAAGAAUUCCAGUUCGUACAGACUUCCGCCUCCAUAGAAAAACUUCCUGUGGAGGGGACAAUUCAGAAAAAUGAAGGGGAAACAAUGGCAAAUCCUUACGGUGUGAAAAAAAGAUCAGCUGCCUCAAAAUUCCUCGAGUCUAAAGGCUUUGGCUGGCUGACAGAAGAGGAGGAAUUGGAUGAAGAAGAUCAAAAGCCAUUACUGGAGGAGUUAGACAUUGACCCUAAGGACAUUUACUAUAAAUUACGAUGUGUACUGUUUCCUCUGCCACAGCUGGGAUUUAAUCGCCACGUUGUCAGAGAAAGUCCAGAUUUCUGGGGCCCUCUUGUUGUCAUACUGCUCUACUCUCUUGUUUCCUUGUAUGGACAGUUCAGGGUGGUGUCCUGGAUUAUAACAAUAUGGAUAUGUGGGUCACUCAUCAUUUUCUUGUUGGCCAGAGUUUUAGGAGGAGAGGUUAGCUAUUCCCAGUGUCUGGGUGUCAUUGGUUACUCUGUGCUCCCUUUGGUUAUAACAGCAGCCAUAUUACCACUGUUCAGAAGAUUUCACUACAUCAGUCUGUUACUCAAGUUUUUUGGUGUGUUGUGGGCUGCAUACAGUGCUGGAUCUUUGUUAUGUGUUCAGGAGCUUCAACAGAAGCGCCCUCUAUUGCUGUAUCCCGUUUUUCUUCUCUACAUUUACUUCCUGUCCCUGUACACUGGUGCCUGAUUCAAGUCAUUGGGAAUUCAUUUAUUCUGUAUCAUAGUAAAAACAGACAGUGACCUUUUUACCUAUAUGAGUAUGUGAAAGUGGUGGAUCGUAUAAAGCGGGGUUAUUCCAGCUCUGUAUAAAGCUGACAUUUUAAAAAAGCUGACAAUCUGUGUACUUCAAUAUUUAUGAUGAAUUCACUUUGAUACAUGUAUAUUAUGUACAUUGAUUUUUUUUAAUAUAUUUAUGACAAAGAAA